AGCCCUCCUGCUAUAUGGGAGCCGGACCCAGCCUGGGCCACUCCACUGGGAAUCCAGGAUGAGGGCCUUGGCCGGGGCCCUGCCCUCUCUACUGCUGAGGUUGCUGCUUACAUCCUCCCCUGAGGCCCUGGGUGCCAACCCCGGCCUGGUCGCCAGGAUCACUGACAAGGGACUAGAGUAUGUGGCCCACGAGGGAUUGGUGACCCUGCGGGAGGAACUGCUCAGAAUCACACUGCCUGACUUCACCGGGGACUUUAAGAUCAAGCCCUUCGGCCGUGGGCACUACGAGUUCCAUAGCCUGCAGAUCCACAGCUGUGAGCUGCCUGGCUCCACUCUGACACCCCUUCCCGGCCAGGGCCUGAGUUUCACCAUCUCUGACUCCUUCAUCAGAGUCCGGAGCAAAUGGGAGGUGCGCAAAUCUUUCGUGAAACUACACGGCUCCCUUGAUGUGGAGGUCAAGGGCAUUACCAUUUCAGUCAACCUUCUCUUGGGCAGAGAGCUCUCUGGGAGGCCCACUGUCAGUGCCACCAGCUGCAGCAGCCACAUUCAAGAUGUGAAGGUGGACGUGUCGGGAGAUUUGGGGUGGCUGUUGAAUCUCUUCGACAACCAGAUUGAGUCCAAGUUACGCAAAGCAUUGGAAAACAAGAUUUGCGAAAGGAUCCAGAAAUCGGUGGCCUCUGACCUACAGCCGUAUCUCCAAACUCUGCCAGUCACAACAGAGAUCGACAGUUUCGCUGGCAUCGAUUACAGUUUAACGGAAGCCCCUCGGGCAACAGCCCAAAUGCUGGACGUGAUGUUUAAGGGUGAAAUUUUUAACCGCGAUCGGUAUUCCCCAGUCACCUUCCUUGCUCCUGUCAUGAGUCUUCCUGAGGAGCACAACCGAAUGGUCUACUUUGCCAUCUCUGAUUAUGUCUUCAACACAGCCAGUCGGGUUUAUCACGAGGCAGGGCACCUGAACUUCUCCAUCACAGAUGACAUGGUUCCUUCUGGCUCUGCCAUCCGGCUGACCACCAAGUCCUUCCGCCCCUUCGCGCCCCGGUUAGCCAGACUGUACCCCAACAUGAACUUGGAGCUCCAGGGAACAAUGGCAUCAGCCCCAUUCCUGAACCUCAGCCCUGGGAAUCUGUCCUUGACCCCCCAGAUGGAGAUUGAAGGCUUUGUGCUCCUGCCCAGCUCCGUCAGGGAGCCUGUGUUCAGGCUUGGUGUGGCUACCAAUGUGUCUGCCAUGUUGACCUUCAACACCAGCAAGAUCACUGGGGCCCUGAAGCCAGGAAAGGUACAAGUGGAACUGAAAGAAUCUAAAGUUGGAGUAUUCAAUGUGGAGCUGUUGGAGGCGCUGCUCAACUACCACAUUCUCAACACCCUCUACCCUCAGGUCAACGAGAAGUUGGCAGGAGGCUUCCCCCUCCCUCUGCUGAAGCGCAUUCAGCUCUAUGACCCUGUUCUCGAGAUCCACAAGGACUUUCUGUUCCUAGGUGCCAAUGUCCAGUACAUGAGAGUUUGAGGGCAAGGAGAGAGCCGGGGGCUUGGAGGCCACAGCUAAAUGGACAAGUUGCUUUUCCAGAUGUGCAGCAUAUUCCCGGAGAUUCUGAGAAGAUGAAGAUUUUUUCCGUUCUCAGAUCUGGGGGAGAGGUCUGCCUGGCCUCGGCCCCCACACCACUCCUCUUCAGCAGGUGCACCCACACCUUCUCUGACUCUGGACUUCACUCUCCCCCCAAGAUUGGACCAUCUUCCCCCACUGGCAUAUACUAUCUUUAAGGGCAGACACCAUGCCUGGCAUGUAGUAGGUCCUCAAUAAAUAUUUAUUGAAUGGUUCAAUGAA